GCGAGAAGGCAACAAGACCAGUCCUGGGCCACAACAGUAGUGACUCUCGUCGCCGGCAGAGCAACACCUGCUGCGCUCCGUGCCCUGUGCCGCGACUGUCCACCUUUCCUACGCUAUUAUCGUAAACCUGAACUUUAGAAAACUAAAGAGACAGUUGAAGCGAAACCUCCAACAAGGAAUUCAAGAUAUCAACGACUGAACUGCACCUGUGUUGUGGAGGCCGCGCGACGAGGGAUUUUUUUGGAGUGUGGCACAGAACACCGCAAGGAUUGCGUGGCACUCGAGGAAGGGGGAGUGGGGGAGUGACGCCCGUGUGGCGCGUCGCUCCUCUUUCUCCUCCAUGAUGCGGCGGGCGCUGCGGGGACAAAGCAGCUCCAACAGCGGCUUCCCCGCCCGCAGCGCCCUCUCCUUCCUGCUGGAGAUCUUCAAUAAUUCCGCCCAUGGUAAGACGAGCCGGCGGAAUGGAUCAGGACACCCAACGCCCAGCCCGACGCCUCCCAACGGCCCGCUCUCAGACAUGAUGCCGAAACUGCCUAAGUGGCAUCUUUCAUCCGCUUCGGUGCACCAGAAUGUUAACAGGCCUGUGCGAGGGUUUCCAGAAAGCAGAGCCUCCCCGACGUUGCCGCACAAGCCGGUCCCGAUACCUAGAGUAGUGCCGAAGGAGCCGCACAGGAAGGUGGUGGUGGCUUUGUACGACUACAAUGCCACGACGGUCGGGGACAUGUCGCUCCGGAAGCAUGAUGAGUUGGAGGUGUUGGAUGAUACACAAGAACACUGGUGGAAGAUGAGGAACAUUAAGACUAAAGAGGAAGGCUUUGCUCCGAGUAACUAUGUGAGGGACCAGGGCAGUCUUCAGCAGUAUGAUUGGUACCUGGGCGAUGCCACCAGACAUCGAGCAGAGGUGCUGUUGAUGAAUCAGGAACGAGAAGGCGGCUUUGUUGUCAGAAACUCCACAACCAACUCGGGAAUCUACACACUUUCUGUCUUCUCAAAACACCUCCCCAGGUCUCGGCCACAAGUGAAACACUACCACAUAAAGAAGGAUCAGGAAGGAAACUACUACCUUUCACACCAUAUCAAAUGCCCAACCAUUCCUGAAUUAAUUUAUAGACACCAGCUCAACCCUGCUGGCUUGUGUACAAGACUCAGGCCUAUUUCGCAAGGAAGAGAAGCACCAACAACAGCAGGAUUGGGCCAUGACAAAUGGGAAAUUGAUCCCAGUCAGUUAAAUCUGAUGGAAGAGUUAGGCUCUGGUCAGUUUGGUGUGGUGCGGCACGGUAAGCUUGGAUCACUGCAUGUUGCUGUCAAGAUGAUGAAAGAGGGAACAAUGAGUGAGGAUGAGUUCAUUGAGGAAGCUAAAGUAAUGAGACAACUUAGGCAUCAAAACCUGGUUCAGCUGUAUGGGGUCUGCAGCAAGCGUCGUCCCAUUUAUAUCGUCACAGAAUACUUGUGCCAUGGUUCCUUGCUGAAUUACCUCCGUGACAAUGAAAGAACCCUGUUGAAUAACACUGCUGUCUUAGACAUGUGUUCACAGGUGUGUGCUGGUAUGGAAUACUUAGAAAAGAAGAAAUUCAUUCACCGUGAUUUAGCAGCAAGAAAUUGUCUGGUAGGAGCAAAUUCUGAAAUCAAAGUUGGAGACUUUGGAUUAGCACGGUACGUUGUUGAUGAUGAGUAUAACAGCUCAGGCGGUGCAAAGUUCCCAAUAAAAUGGGCUGCUCCUGAGGUGCUCAACUUUAUGAGAUUUUCCUCAAAAUCUGAUGUAUGGGCAUUUGGUGUGUUGAUGUGGGAAGUAUACACCUGUGGGAAGAUGCCAUAUGGAAGAAUGAGAAACCCUGAAGUAGUCGAGAUGGUGCAGAGUGGACGUGUUCUUGAGCAGCCAAGAUACUGCCCAGAUGAUGUUUAUAGUAUUAUGCAGCACUGUUGGACUCCAGUAGCUGAGUCACGGCCAUCAUUCAGUGAAAUUCUAAUUCAGUUUAUGAAUAUUGCUGAUGAAUGAACACCACAUAGCCAUUGUACCCCCUCUCCCCCCCCGCUCACACUAUAUAUUAUGGGUUUACAUGGCUACUUGUAAACAAUACAGAACUUCAAGCUAAAAAUAAUAUGCAGAAAAACUGUUUUUAAUUACUUGCAAUAUUGUGAAUGACAUUCUUAAGGUGUGCAAUUAGUUGUAAGAUUUUAUAAAAUGAAUUAACACUUGUGAUAAUGGAUUCUUAUAAAUGGUUAAAUUCUUGAAACUUGAAAAAAAAAACUGUAGUAUUUAAGUAUUAUUUAAGCUGUACAUAUUGCCUAUAACUUUUUACAUCAUGUAGAUCAUACUUUCUCCUCUUGCAGUUGUUGUAACUUGAUUUAUUGCAAUUUUACUACUCUUUAUGAAGACUUACUACUUCAGGGUAAUAACAAUUUCAAAUUUUAUUUGAAAUAAUGAAAUUGUAGAGGAUUUAUGCAGUAAUUUAAUCGACAAGCAAAAAGUUAGUGGUAAUGAAGAAUUUGGUAUUUACAUAGCAGUGAGAUACUAUUGUGAUUUAAAUUAUACUGGCCUAUUAGUAAGUGAUGUUUUCAAGCCCAAGGAAGAAACAAAAAAAAAAUUAUUUAAAGGCACUUCUAACACAAUUUCCUUGACCUGUUCUAUAACUUAGACCUAUCUGUGUACUCAUCCCUCAUGAUGUAGUGUAUAUCAAAAGUCAAUUUUGUAAGUUUUUAGAAGUUAAGACAUAUAUUCAUAUCAAUGCUUCCAAAGCCCUUUUAUAUUCCAAGAAACUUAGGGGACUUUGAAUCUAGAAUUGCUGGCUCUUUCAGUAUUCAUUUUAUGUACUUUGGGGACCAGUGAGUCAGAAUCUUGCCAAGAUGAGCAAAAACUACAUCUAAAUUAAAUAUGUUCUUUCAUACAGCAGUCAAGAUUGAAACUGAACAUUUGAAAAUUCAAAUGUUUCCAGUCAAGUAAAUUUCAAUAAUCAAUGAACAAUUCUUGGAGAUGAAAAAUCUUUUUCAAAUAAUUUCCAUGUGCUUGCUUAAAAUAUGGUGAGACAAAUGAAACAAAAAUGGCAACCCAUGCUCAUGAUAACACAUGAAAUUUGUACAGCUGAUCAGUAAAGCAGGAAUUCAGAUAUAAUUACCAAGAACACCUCUUGGUGGCAACACUAUGUACAUAAGGAAAUGACAUAUCACUUAGCUUGAGGCCUUGCACUCAUUAAAUUUCUUCUCUUUAUACAUAAACUGCUUUUCUUAGAAGCCUCUUUUAUUGACAAGAUCCUUGUUUAUUUAAAGCUUAACAUUGCCUUUGCAAAUAAUUUGACAUUAAUUUUCUUGUACAUCAUUUGCUAUAAACAUCAAACAACUUUUGCAACUACUGGUAAUGAACUUUUCUUUAACUCUUUCAUGCCCAGACAUCCCACUUAUGACAAGCAGUAAUCCCAGCCUUCCAUGCAUAUAAACACUACAUUUUCUCACCUGAAUAUUUUAACCAAAAUGUUAUACACAUAUUCCUACAGUACAUUCCAAAAUCUUGUAUUUUUAAUUGUAAAUAAAAGAAAUAAUUUUAAAUAAAAAAAAAACAACUAAAAGCUGGUCUAGUAGUAAAAAACUUCUGUUUAAAUACAGCCUUCACCCCAACACUGGACUUGUGAUCUCAGAAAAUAUAUCAUCCUCAAGAUUCCUCCAGAUAAACCUUUGAUAUGAAACACAUGCACAGUUUUUUAUGCACAUUUUUUAAUGUCAAAGGAACAACAGAAGGGCAAAGAUUAUAAAUAAAAAAAAAUCUAUAAUUUUAAAAGCUGCCUCAAAAAAGCUAUUCUGUAUUUUUUUAAAUUGUCAGGAUGCAAAUAUUUUUACAUGCUCCUUACAACUUAUACUAGGAUUUUACUUAAGAAACCAAUUGUAUUGCAAAUAAUAUAUCAAAAUUUAGAUCUAAUAUGAUGAUUUAACCUGCCAAACAUUGUGCUGAUCUGUCACACAAUGUUUCUCAGUACUUCCAUCAUAACUAAUUUCAGCACAAUAGGAUGCUCUGCUUAAUUAACAGUAUGGUGUGCAAAAGAGCAUGUAAAUAAAUAUACUUACUAGCUCAGCAAUAAUGAAGAAAACUUCAGUAUCAUUUGCACACACUGAAAGCUUUACGUUUUCAAUUCUUACAUCCACUGCAUUGCUAUAUUGGUUGCAACUAGUAGCAACAUUUGCCCAUCCACUUCCCUCUCUACCAGCUGGACAAAUUUCAUACAAGUGAGGUCAUAAUCAUGAGUUGCUAUUUCAAGAAUCUCUCCUCAUAGUGAUUUGAUAGUCUUUUCCUCCAUUUAGUACAGUCAUUUGGUAGAAACACAUUUGAAUUAGGCAUAUUCAUUUCCAAGGAAUGUUCUUAACAAAGCCCCUGGCAGGAAACACAUUAUAUCCUUUCCUGUCUUGCCCAGAAAACUGCACAGUAAUUUCACUAAUUUACAUUGUUGAUCAGUGAGAGCAAGACUACUGCCAUUGCUCUACUCUUGGCAAGAUGUUGGUGUUAAUAUGACCAGCUCAGCUUAGUGGCUGCCUAGUUCAGGACAGUGAACCUCAUAUACUGUCAAAUACUAUGUAAACCCUUAUACCACUUCUCAGAUAUUGCAGGAUAUAUGUAAAAAAAAAAAUUUAGUUGUAAUUUUUUACAUACAGUAAAACCUAUGUAAUUCA